AUGGAGCCAUCAUCGAUUCUCGGCCGAGAUCGAGGACUCGGCAUCGGCCAUCGGAACAAAGACCCUCCGCCUUACCAAAGCCCGAUCGAUGCUCCGCGCACAACAGAACGGCGUAGAACUUUCACGUCUUGUGUCGUCAUGGCCGACGACGAUGCAGAACCCUGGGCACAGGCCCUCUCGUCUGCACCGACUAAGGCAGGGCCCGGCUCGGCGGUUCCAUCCUCGGCCGCCAAGUCUUCGGAGCCAAUGGCCUGCGUGGGCUGUCGCAGUCGAAAGCUUAAGUGUUCACGUGAUUUGCCCAUCUGUGUUCGUUGCACGAGGCUCAAGAUCGAAUGUGUAUACCCCGAGUCUCGCAGGAAGCCGAUGAACAAGCGCAAAAAUGUCAAGGAGCUCGAGGCUCGAUUAGCACUUGUUGAGGAUUUGCUCAAGGACGCUGGUGCCAAUUCAAAACAGGGCGGCGUCAAGAGUCCGUCCACCGAAAUCCAUGGCGACGUCAAUUUGGACGAUGCCAGCCCUGGGUCUGGUUCUGGUGAUGGUUCUGCAGAUGCCGAAUUUGCAUAUGAAGAUGCCUUACCACCCAUUUCUGGAGAUUGUGCCCAGGGUUCUGGUCGAAUCAUGAACCAGCAAAUGGGUAGCGACUACUUCAAUACCCAAGAGCUGAUGGGUUUGGGCAUGUUCGAGGUGCCCCCUCCUUUUGACGUUGUUGAUGAAAUGCACACCCAUUUCUUUCAACAACAGCACACCUUCAUCCCCAUUGUCCAUCCGGCGCGAUACCUCAAAGCAUACCAUUCUGCGCCGCACAUGCGGCCUCCUAUGGCCCUUCAGUACGCCAUCUGGGCCAUGGCCGCCUUUCAGAUGGAAAAAUACUCGGCAUUCCAUGAUCCUUACUAUCGUAGGGCACGGCAAUAUCUGGAAGCUGACGAGCUUAAGGGCGUCGGAGAAUAUUUCAUCACAGUCCAGCAUGCGCAAGCCUGGAUACUGGUGGCUGCGUACGAGGCACGAACCAUGCACUUUACCCGCGCUGCUAUGAGUUGCGCCAGGGGUAUUAAGCUGUGCCACAUGAUGGGUCUACACCGUCUCGAUGAACCAGGCUAUAUGGAUAAGAUAACACCCACGAUACUUCCGCCGCAAAACUGGGUUGAGCUUGAAGAAAGUCUCGACAGGCUGGCCGAGUAUGAUCGACCCAACUCAGGCAAGUGGAUUAUAUGUUGGACUGCAUUACAAGCUCAGCAAAUUCCUGAAAAAGUACCACUGGCUGACUGGAGCCAAUCACAGAUCGCAACUAACGUACCAAGCUCGCAUGAUGCGUUCAUCAGCGGCAAAGAAGAGGAAACAAUGAGGCUGAAAGAUGUCUUUUUUGGAGCCUCGUAUUCUACGUUUGCCGGAUCAGUCGGCAUAUGCUACAUAUUCAACCAAAUUCUGGCCCAUGUCUGCCAGGUUCGUCCUGAUGAUCGCCCCGAGGACGUCGAAUACGGCGCCUUCUGGAAACGCCACAGGGACAUUGAUAAUACGCUCUCCAGUGCCUUCAUGUUUCUUCCAGAGGGGCAGCGGCUGCCCAAGAAUUGCCGGAAUCCCGCUGCCGUGUUCAUGAACCUCAACCUGCAUGCUUCCGUCAUCUGUCUGCACCAGUGCGCUAUCGAUCGUGCACAAGCCCACGAGCUUCCCAACACGAUCGCACAGUCCAGCAUUGUUCGCAUCAUCAACUCAGCCGAUGAAAUAGUGAACAUUGUGAAGCAAGCAGUCCACGUCGAUAGCGCAGCAGCGUUUAGGAACCCGCUCGUAGCGCUCAGCCUGUACUGUGCCGCUUCAGUGUACAUGUAUGUCUCCAGUGAGCGGGAAAAGGAAGGCAAAGAGAAAUCCAACAAGACUCGAGCGAAGCCCAGCCACCUGGACGCCCUGGAUUUCCUCAUACAGUCCUUGAUAGCCAUCAGCAGGAUUCAUCCCAUCACGCAGUCAUUCUUGCGGCAGAUCCUUGCGGACCUGGAUCAUUACAACCUUUCAAGCCUUGUUAGGGUUCCAUCAAUCCAGGGACUCGAUUUGACCAAGGCAGGCUACAACAUACCAUUACUGGCUCGCACUUCAUUACCGAACCAUGCCAAAGUCCAAUCGCCGCUUCCUGGCUACCUGCCACUCGGUAAGCCGAUUGGACAGUCCGACAGGAGAGGAUUUGCCAAGUCGAAACUGCCGGUUACCUGGCUGUGUCAAGGGUCGACAUCAAAGUCAUCUCAGAUGGAAUCGCAAGUCGAUGAAGCCAGAGGUGGACAAGAGGCCGAUGGAAAUCGCGGCAAACGAAGACGUAUGAGUAAGGAGGGCUCGACCAGCCAACCCCCAGCCCAAGAUGCGCAACAAGUCAACUCUUACUAUGACAAUUGGCAAUACGCUAGUGAUUCCUCGGGAAUUAUGGAAUAUUCGGACCCGACGACGUCGGCUUACCCCCAGCAGCAGCAGCAGCAGCAACAGCAACAGCAACAGCAGCACAUGUCUGGACUGGCCGCAGGGUGCUCGGAACUGCUUUCUUGUUUCCAAACAGCGCUGCCGCACAGAAAUAACAAUUCGUCGGGCAGUUCGCCCGCUGGUGUCUUCACCGGCUCCCGCAGCUCGUCCGACAACACGCCAGCUACCGCCACUUACAGCACAGCAUCGGUGGCCAGCGAGGGUGGGCCCCUGUUUGGCGGUGCGCCGCCUGUGGGUUUGGCCGACGAGCAGCCGGUAUUCAUGACGGACGACAUGUGGAACACGGCGGAGAUUGAUGCCUUUGUGUCGGCAUCGUCGAAUCAGCCGCAGGUCUCUGGAGUAGGGACGGAAAACCAAUCACUAGAUGUGUCUUGGAACUUUGUGGGAUGA